GGCCAUGAUCGAGCGCCGGGCGCUCUCCAGGCGUAGGUCCGAUUCCGGUGGCAGCAGCCGGCUGCUGAAGAAGCAGGCUUCCGGGCUGCGCCAUGAGGGCCUGCUGCUGCCCGUGGCUGACAAGGGCGAGCGGCACCGCGCGGGUGCGCGUGCUCGGCGCAGCAUCGUCCAGUUGGCCAGCAUGCUUAAGUGCGUGUCCGGCUGCAACCCACUCAGCUACCGAGGCUACGGCUGCUUCUGCGGCUACAUGGGCGACGGAACGCCCGUCGACCACAUCGACAGUUGCUGCCUGGAACACGACUGGUGCUACUCGCAGUCCCCGUGCUCCAAGCUUUCCCUGUACCUGCUGCCCUACGACUGGCACUGCCUCACGCCCGGCUUGGCGCACUGCGCGCACCCGUCAUCACUGAGUCCACACGCCCACUGCGGUCAGCAGCUGUGCCAGUGUGACAUAGACUUCGCCAACUGCGUCAGCCGCUACCCGUGCCCUCGCAGAAGGGCCUCGUGUCAGCACAGCAAGUUCGCCGCGUUGCACGGAUUUCUGCACGGAAAAAAGAGAUAGCAAUUAACGAGCCCUGCCCCUCUCCAUUGGGGACAGGGUGCCGACCGAUACAAUAAUGGACUGCUGUAUGCUCGUGGACCAACACCCACUGCACUGCUGGUGCCUCCACAUUUGAGGCCACAUGGCCCUACGCCGCACAAGAGACGAAAAGUCAAAGGUCAUCGGCCUUCCGGUCAUCCAUCGGCCCGCCGACCUGGCUGGAGGUACAAAAGGCCACGGCAGGGCUCCACACCCUGGACUUCUAUGUGGUUGCCAACUAACCCUUCUGUCGCCGCAAACAAGACUUUCCACGGGAAGUCGCGAUCAUACGCCGGUGCCAAGAAGACGCCGGAAGAGCCGCCAGCGAAGACGGAACAUGAGAAAUCCACGCAGAUCGCACUAAUCGAUCCUCGAGAACUCCUACCCUUACCGGCGAAUAUUAGUGCGGUUCCACCCGAAACGCCAGGGCCACAAUAUGUGUUCCAUGGGAGCGAUGCCGUCAGCGCAGGUACUGUUUUGCUGAAAGAACAUUCGGAGGAGCUGACCACCGCGUUCCCCGAGACACUUCCAUCUUCGACUGCAAGCGUCGUGACGUCGAGUGACAUCGCAGAGGACCCUCUCAUACCGGAAUUGACGUCACCACCUCCGCAGAGGCCCACUGCUCUAAGAGAAGCCUUGAGUGACCGUCAGGCAAUGUUUAUUAGAAAGAAAGCGCCACUGUACGGCUCUCACUCGCCAGGAACUGGCUUCUUCUUGGAAGCUAAAUUAACUAAGUACCCAAAAGGGAGUGCACAAAACGUACCGAUUACACAAACGCCCGAGCAGAACCAAGACUCUGCGACUUCAAGCACGACUCCGGUGAGGCUUUCGAAGGACAACGUGAGCGCACUAGCUCAAAAUCAGUCGACACCAGCAACAACGACUUCACACAGAUUUUCUCUCAGUACCACACGACGUGCUGAGCACACAAGCGCGGUGCAGUUUCCUGUUGCCGAAGAAAGUUCUAGUGACAUACCGCCAUCACAUGAGCCAAGAGCUGCAGAUCCCUCUGGUAAGGCCAGUGAGCAAGCCACUGAGUCUUACGAACAGUCAAUGGUGAGAAAGCAGCUAGGCGCUCACAGUGCUGAAACACAGCCUAGUCCGCGCUGAACCACUUGCAGGGUCCGUCAGGCCUACCUCAAAAUUGUGAUUGGUUUGCUUUCUGUGGCGUGCACUGGGCCAGGUAGAAUAGACAUUGUGAGUCGAAACCUUGAUAGCUUUUUGUUGUUAGACAAUUCACUGUCAAAGACUGUUGUACAAAACUGUUAUGUUUUUGCAGUGAGCGCGUGUUUGUGUUAUAUGGCAGAAAAGAGAAGAGCUAGGACCAUUGUAUUUGCCAACCUGUGUAUUCUGCACUGUUAUGCGACACAGACAUUACUGUCGUACUGUUUUAAUUAUUUUAAUGCUUCACAAGCUGCAUAUAUUUCAUCAAUAAAUGUUACUGAUCCAUUUCA